UCUUUUUCAUUUAUGAUCCUUGUUUGAUGCGUAUAAGAAACCAGGUACUAAUUACAGUGACAGUUCUUUGAAUGUUUUAUCAUCUCAAUAUCAACCCUUUAUCAAAAGUAUUAUCUCCAUCCUAUAGAGGAAAAAGUUAGGUUUAGAAAGAUUAAAACUUAUUGAAAGUUAGGAAGCUGGGAAGAUGGAAUGUGACUCAGGUGAGUUUUCAUAUAUGUGUAAAUAUGUGUACACCUUUGAAAAUACUACUCAGAGUAAUACAUAGAACAUUUCCAUCACCCCACACUCUUGUGUCCCCUCAUAGAUAACUACUCUUCCGACCUUGAUCCUCAUAAAUAGAUCACUUACCCCUCUUUGAUUAGUUUUUUAAACUUCAUAAAAACUGUAUCAUACGGGGUGUACUCUUUGGUAUCAUGUCUCUGGUUCAGCAUUACAUCUGUGAGAUUCACCCAUAGAAUGUUAGUUUCAUCUCUUUCAUUUUUUGUGUAUUGUUCCAUUAUGUGAAUAUAUUAAAAUUUAUGUAUUCAUCUUGUGGAUGGACAUCUGGGAUGUUUCCAUUUUUGGCUAUUAUAAAUAAAGCUGCUAUGAAAUUCUUACACAUGUUUUUAGUUAUAUACAUGUUUAUCUUCACUUCUCUUGGAUAUAUACCCAGACAGAAAGAUUGAAAUCGCUGGGUCUUGGGAAUAGUGUAUGCUGGGCUUUUGUAGGUACUGUCAGUCGAUUUUUCAAGUGUUUUGUACACGUUUACACUUCUGAUCAGCAGUGUAUUUGGGUUCCAGUUGCUCUACAUCCUUGUCACCUAUUGUUGGUCUUAUUUUUUUCCCCUUUUGAAGUUUAUUUAUUCUGGUAAGGUGUCUGGUUUGAUAUCAGGGAAAUGCAAAUUAAAAGUUAUCUUUUAGAAUGAAAAAAUAUUUAAUGUAUCAGUUUGUAUAUUCCUAUUCACAUAUAGAGAUUAAUUUGUAGUGAGCAUGGUCUUGAAUAUUGGUGAGGUUUUUCCCCCUGAUCCCUGUUUUUAUAAGGGGGCCUUGACUGCUUAUUUAAUCACUGAUAUUAAUAAAGUUUCUCUUACAAUAAGGACAAGUACAAUAUUCUAGAAAUCCAUAAUGUAUUUCUAUCCAUUAAUGUAUAGUAAUUUAGGAUAUUACUCAAGGAAAUUUUAAAAGGAACUUAAAAUGGUAAACAUUUUUAUUCAAGAAACCCAAGUUUACAAAUGAUGUCUACAAGGAGACUUCGAAAGAACAAGAAAAAUUGUAUCCAGGAAUGUCACAAACUUAUAAAUUGUUUUAUAGAAGAACUCAGCAAAGACCUUUAUAACUGAAAAAUUGAGGUCUUUUUUUGCAUUGAAAUACAGCAGUUUUAUAUAAUCCUUGGGGCUUUAUCUAGAAUUUUACUCAUUGUACGGUUUACAUAAUCUUACAGUAAGUUAUUCUCCUGAAAAUUGCUUGUCUUGGUUAGUUCUUGUUUUUCCAAGUUUGUGCAUGUUACACGCAUUGGGCUUUCCUGCAUGAGUCUCAGGUACGCUGAUUAGUCAGGCGGUCUCAUUUGAAACUAAUGUAUAAUAGUGCUAAGUUGUAUGACUUGCCAUACCAGUUUCACAGUGUUUUUGUUUUGCUCAGGUAGAUGAAAGGUUCAUUUAAGUGUGGCCACACUGGUCCUGCAUUCCUGGUGAUCUUGGUAGGUUAAUGACAAUCUUUGUCAUAGAAAUCAAGAAAUGUGGGUUGAGCCUCUGGGAUGCAUGCAGUUGGCUCAUUAAAAUGCUGUCUUCCAAAGGACUGGGAAUUGUUGGAAGCACUUGGUAGAUUUUUCUUGGAUUUGGCUACAAAUUUAUACAUCUGCACUGUGUACAGGCACAGAGUUAUGCAUGGUAUUUUUAUUUACAUCACUGGUGAAGAUAAGGACAAGCUGCUGAGCUCUGGUUUGAACUGCAGAGGCUGUGGACAAUUACCAGUUGCUGAUAUGUGUUCAAGAUGAGUGGAAUGGGAGAAAACACCUCUGACCCAUCCAGGGCAGAGACAAGGAAGCGCAAGGAAUGUCCUGACCAGCUGGGACCCAGCCCCAAGAGGAGCACUGAGAAACGUAAUCGUGAACAGGAAAAUAAAUAUAUUGAAGAACUUGCAGAGCUGAUUUUUGCAAAUUUUAACGAUAUAGACAACUUUAACUUCAAACCUGACAAAUGUGCAAUCUUAAAAGAAACUGUGAAGCAAAUUCGCCAGAUCAAAGAACAAGAGAAAGCAGCAGCCGCGAACAUAGACGAAGUGCAGAAGUCAGAUGUGUCAUCUACAGGGCAGGGCGUCAUCGACAAGGAUGCGCUGGGGCCCAUGAUGCUGGAGGCCCUUGAUGGGUUCUUCUUUGUAGUGAACCUGGAAGGCAACGUUGUGUUUGUUUCAGAGAAUGUGACACAGUAUUUAAGGUAUAACCAAGAAGAGCUGAUGAACAAAAGUGUAUAUGGCAUCCUGCAUGUUGGGGACCACACUGAAUUUGUCAAAAACCUGCUGCCAAAAUCUAUAGUGAAUGGGGGAUCUUGGUCUGGAGAACCUCCUAGGCGGAACAGCCAUACCUUCAAUUGUCGGAUGCUGGUAAAACCUUUACCUGAUUCAGAAGAGGAAGGUCAUGAUAACCAGGAAGCACAUCAGAAGUACGAAACUAUGCAGUGUUUUGCUGUUUCUCAACCAAAGUCCAUCAAAGAAGAAGGAGAAGAUUUGCAGUCCUGCUUGAUCUGUGUGGCAAGAAGAGUUCCCAUGAAGGAAAGACCAGUUCUUCCCUCGUCAGAAAGCUUCACUACUCGCCAGGAUCUCCAAGGCAAGAUCACAUCACUGGAUACCAGCACCAUGAGGGCAGCCAUGAAACCGGGCUGGGAGGACCUGGUGAGAAGGUGCAUUCAGAAGUUCCACGCACAGCAUGAGGGCGAAUCUGUGUCCUAUGCUAAGAGGCAUCAUCAUGAAGUGCUGAGACAAGGAUUGGCAUUCAGUCAGAUCUACCGGUUUUCCUUGUCCGAUGGCACUCUUGUUGCUGCGCAAACAAAGAGCAAACUCAUCCGUUCUCAGACUACUAAUGAACCUCAGCUUGUAAUAUCUUUACAUAUGCUUCACAGAGAGCAGAAUGUGUGUGUAAUGAAUCCAGAUCUGACUGGACAAGCAAUGGGGAAGCCAUUGAAUCCAAUUAGCUCAAGCAGCCCUGCCCAUCAGGCCAUGUGCAGUGGGAACCCAGGUCAGGACAUGACCCUAAAUAGCAAUAUAAACUUUCCCAUCAAUGGCCCUAAGGAACAAAUGGGCAUGCCCAUGGGCAGGUUUGGUGGUUCUGGGGGAAUGAACCAUGUGUCAAGCAUGCAAGCAAGCACUCCUCAGGGUAGUAACUAUGCACUCAAAAUGAACAGUCCCUCACAAAGCAGCCCUGGCAUGAAUCCAGGCCAGCCCAACUCCAUGCUUUCACCAAGGCAUCGCAUGAGCCCUGGAGUCGCUGGAAGCCCUCGCAUCCCACCCAGCCAGUUUUCCCCUGCAGGAAGCUUGCAUUCCCCUGUGGGAGUCUGCAGCAGCACAGGAAAUAGCCAUAGCUACACCAACAGUUCCCUCAAUGCACUUCAGGCCCUCAGUGAGGGGCACGGGGUCUCAUUGGGGUCAUCAUUGGCUUCACCAGACCUAAAAAUGGGCAAUUUGCAAAACUCCCCAGUUAAUAUGAAUCCUCCUCCACUCAGCAAGAUGGGAAGCUUAGACUCCAAAGACUGUUUUGGACUUUAUGGGGAGCCAUCUGAAGGUACAACUGGACAAGCAGAGAGCAGCUGCCAUCCUGGAGAGCAAAAGGAAGCAAAUGAUCCCAAUGUGCCCCAGGCUGUGAGCAGUGACAGGUCUGACGGACAGAAUAGACUGCAUGACAGCAAAGGACAGACCAAACUCCUGCAGCUGUUGACCACCAAAUCUGACCAGCUGGAGCCUUCACCUUUAUCCAGCUCUCUGUCGGACUCAAACAAGGACUCCACAGGGAGCUUGCCUGGUCCCGGGUCAGCACAUGGAACCUCGCUCAAGGAGAAGCAUAAGAUUUUGCACAGACUCUUGCAGGACAGCAGUUCCCCUGUGGACUUGGCUAAGUUAACAGCAGAAGCCACAGGCAAAGAGCUGAGCCAGGAGGCCAAUAGCACAGUUCCUGGUUCAGAAGUGACUAUUAAACAAGAGCCAGUGAGCCCCAAGAAGAAAGAGAAUGCACUACUUCGCUAUUUGCUAGAUAAAGAUGAUACUAAAGAUAUUGGUUUACCAGAAAUAACCCCCAAACUAGAGCGACUGGACAGUAAGACAGACCCUGCCAAUAACACAAAACUAAUAGCUAUGAAAACUGAGAAGGAGGAGAUGAGCUUUGAGCCUGGUGAGCAGCCUGGCAGCGAGCUGGACAACUUGGAGGAGAUUUUGGAUGAUUUGCAGAAUAGCCAAUUACCACAGCUUUUCCCAGACACGAGGCCAUGCGCCCCGGCUGGAUCAGUUGACAAGCAAGCCAUCAUCAAUGACCUCAUGCAACUCACAGCUGAAAACAGCCCUGUGACACCUGUUGGAGCCCAGAAGACAGCACUGCGCAUUUCACAGAGCACUUUUAAUAACCCACGACCAGGGCAACUGGGCAGGUUAUUGCCAAGCCAGAAUUUACCACUUGACAUCACACUGCAGAGCCCAACGGGUGCUGGACCUUUCCCACCAAUCAGAAACAGUAGUCCCUACUCAGUGAUACCUCAGCCAGGAAUGAUGGGCAAUCAAGGCAUGAUAGGCAACCAAGGAAAUUUAGGGAACAGUAGCACAGGAAUGAUUGGUAGUAAUGCUGCCCGGCCCGCUAUGCCAUCUGGGGAAUGGCCACCACAGAGUUCUGCUGUGAGAGUCACCUGUGCUGCGACCACCAGUGCCAUGAACCGGCCCAUCCAAGGAGGUAUGAUUCGGAACCCAACAGCCAGCAUCCCCAUGAGACCCAACAGCCAACCUGGCCAAAGACAGAUGCUUCAGUCUCAGGUCAUGAAUAUAGGGCCGUCUGAAUUGGAGAUGAAUAUGGGAGGACCUCAGUACAGCCAACAACAAGCUCCUCCAAAUCAGACUGCCCCGUGGCCCGAAAGCAUCCUGCCUAUAGACCAGGCAUCUUUUGCCAGCCAAAACAGGCAACCAUUUGGCAGCUCUCCAGAUGACUUGCUGUGCCCACAUCCUGCGGCAGAGUCUCCAAGUGAUGAAGGAGCUCUCUUGGACCAGCUCUACCUGGCCUUGCGGAAUUUCGAUGGCCUGGAGGAGAUCGACAGAGCUUUGGGAAUACCCGAACUGGUCAGCCAGAGCCAGGCAGUAGAUCCGGAGCAGUUCUCAAGUCAGGAUUCCAACAUCAUGCUGGAGCAGAAGGCCCCUGUUUUCCCACAGCAGUAUGCAUCUCAGGCACAAAUGGCCCAGGGUAGCUAUAGUCCCCUACAAGAUCCAAACUUUCACACCAUGGGACAGCGGCCCAGUUAUGCCACACUCCGUAUGCAGCCCAGGCCAGGCCUCAGGCCCACGGGCCUGGUACAGAACCAACCAAAUCAACUGAGACUUCAGCUGCAGCACCGCCUCCAAGCACAGCAGAAUCGUCAGCCACUUAUGAAUCAAAUCAGCAAUGUCUCAAAUGUGAACUUGACCCUGAGGCCUGGAGUGCCAACACAGGCACCUAUUAAUGCCCAGAUGCUGGCCCAAAGACAGAGGGAAAUCCUGAACCAGCAUCUUCGACAGAGGCAAAUGCAUCAGCAACAGCAAGUUCAGCAACGAACUCUGAUGAUGCGAGGACAAGGGUUAAAUAUGACAUCCAGCAUGGUGGCUCCUAGUGGCAUGCCAGCAACUAUGAGCAACCCCCGGAUUCCCCAGGCAAAUGCACAGCAGUUUCCAUUUCCUUCAAACUACGGAAUAAGUCAGCAACCUGAUCCAGGCUUUGCUGGGGCUGCAACACCCCAGAGCCCUCUGAUGUCGCCCAGGAUGACACACACCCAGAGCCCCAUGAUGCAGCAGUCUCAGGCUAACCCAGCCUACCAGGCCUCUGACCUGAAUGGAUGGGCACAGGGGAAUAUGGGUGGAAACAGCAUGUUUUCACAACAGUCCCCGCCACACUUUGGACAGCAAGCAAACACCAGCAUGUACAAUAAUAAUAUGAAUAUCAAUGUAUCCAUGGCGACCAACACAGGUGGGAUGAGCAACAUGAACCAGAUGACAGGACAGAUCAGCAUGACCUCAGUGACCUCUGUGCCUACGUCAGGGCUGUCCUCCAUGGGUCCCGAGCAGGUUAAUGAUCCUGCUCUGAGGGGAGGCAACCUUUUCCCAAGCCAGCUGCCUGGAAUGGAUAUGAUUAAGCAGGAGGGAGAUGCAUCACGGAAAUACUGCUGACACUGAAGGUAGCUGGUUGCUUCUUUCUUCAGCUGACUGGUCUCACUUGCUCAAAACACUUACCAGUCUGGAGAGCUGUGUCUACUUGUUCUGACCCAACUGACCUGCCAUCCAGUUCUGCCACAGCAAGAUCAGCAGUGGGGCCUGGGCCCUGGCUCCCGGGGCGAGUCCCCUUGGCUGUUGCAGGAGGAGCAGCCUCUUCUCUCAACAGUCUGAAGCCCGCAUCCAGACAGUUGCUCAGUCUGUUCACUGCAUUCACCUUAGUGCAACUUAGAUCUCUCCUGCAAAGUAGAUGUUGACAGGCAAAUAUUGUGCCCAUGUCAGUUGAAUGUAUUUAGAUGUGUGUACUUAAGGAAGACACCCGUGCUCUUGUUCUGUUCCUGUUUGGUUCCAAACACUGGUUUCUUGCUUUGUGUUCCCUGGCUAAUCAGCCUAGUACAAAAAUUUCAUGUAGGGGAAAGAGAAGAAUUUUUUUUUAAGUUAAAACUAAGUUAAAGCUAAAGCCUGCAUUUGGGAUAAAAGCAGAGCAGACACCAUGGAUAGUGCUAAAUGUAGACAUACCCAAGAAGCAAAGACCAAUAAAGUCAUAGUAUCUUUGUAGACGGCUCAAAAAACCAUGGACAGUUUUCAGUUCCUGAACAGAUGAAGGAGCCUGUGAGAGGGCUGUGGAUGUUAACAAGUACUUUCCCUAUUUUUUGUUGUUCAUUCAAACCAAACUAGUUCACCUAAAUGAUGAAUGGUGAAGAAAUUUUUUCAUUUCCCUAUGAAACUCCCUUUAGAUUGAUCAGACAGCUUGAAUUAACAUCUUCUCUUCCCCAUCUGAUCCUCACUUUUCCUGCCCCUCUGCCUCCCCCAGCUCUCCCCAUUUUCAUUCAUUUUCUUAAAAAAUAAAAACAACAGAAACCAGGUAAGCCAUUCAUUUCCUUAAAUGUUUUGCCAGCCACUUACCAAUUGCUAACUCUUAAAUCUCAGAAAAAUGCAUUUCUGACAAGGAGAGGAGCAAAGUUAGGACUUGAUAAAUCAGACUAACGAUACCUGCUUUGGAAGCGUGUUUAUUCUGUUCCCCAGCCACACCGGCCUACAAAACAGGAGAAAAUAAUAGUGUGUUUAAAAAAGUGACAGCAGAUACCAUGACAGAUGUAACCUCCGCCACGUGUUUUUUAUUUUGUUUUUUAGCAGUGCUAAGCCGAAGUUUUGUAAGGUACAUAAAAUCCAAUUUAUAUGUAAACAAGCAAUAAUUUAAGUUGAGAACGUAAGUGUUUUAAUUGUAUCAUUUUUGUGGGGUAUACAUAUUGUGGAAUUGACUAAAAAAUGAGGUACUUCAGUAUUGAAUUAGAUAUCUUCAUAGCAAUGUCUCCUAAAGGUGUUUUGUAAAGGAUAUCAAUGCCUUGAUUAGACCUAAUUUGUAGACUUGAGACUUUUUGUUUUCUAAACCUGUGAUUCUGCUCAUAAAUCAUUUAUCUAAUCUAUAUGAUAUGCAGCCACUGUAGGAACCAAUUCUUUAUUUUUAUAUGUUUAUAUUCUUUCUUAAUGAACCUUAGAAAGACUACAUGUUACUAAGCAGGCCACUUUUAUGGUUGUUUUUCUUGCCCACCCUGAUAGGGGAAUACUUUUAUUAAUUGGCAUCAGUUUCAGAAAACUGCAAUACCAAGAAACUGAUGACCUAUUUUGAGAUGUUUCUCCCCAGCCCCUAAUACACAUACUUUCUUACCUAAAUUUCAGAAUGGUGUCUUUUUUGAUGUCUUAAAAAGCAAAGCAUUUUAUAUCUCAUUAGCCAGGCUUUUUAGGAACAGAGAAGUUUUUCCUUGAAAUUUGAUUGUUUAUUUGUGGCAGGGUGAAAAAUGUACAAACUACCCCUAUUUAUAUUUAUAUCUCUCUCUAUAUGUACAGAUUAUGGAUUAUAGGAAGAGAUAUAGCCCAAAGAUAAAUGGUAAGUAGACAGUCUGAAAGUGUUGCUCCAUACUAAAGAUAUUUUCUGGACAUUUGCAUUUCGAUACCUUUUUUCCACUUGAGAGGGGUCUCACUACAGGGAGGUGGCCAAGGAACAACACUUCUCAGUGGCCGCCAGCUCGCUGUUCCCCUCAAAAGGCUCUACUUCUCUCAACCAAAUCAUUGGGUUGCUCAACUGUGAUGGAAAAAACAAGCAGAUGUGGCCCAGAACUCCUUGACCUCAUCAGUGAUGAGGCUUACGUUAGACACAAUUAAAGGUGACUAGUUUUAAGUUGGUUUUUAGGUAUAUGUGAAUUAGAAUGAUCUUAACUUCACACAGCACAAAA